AUGGGCCUUCGUACAGUUAGAACUAAAUAUCCUGCUGAGAAUGAUCUAAAUUUGACAUUCUUGUCGAAACCCUUGCCACUUAAGCUUGAGGGUUAUAGGAAAGAUGUGGAAAAGUAUUUUGGUAUCCUACAAGCUCAGUGGGAAAUCAUUAGGGGGGCUGCUUGUAUGUUUGAUGAAGAGGUGCUUCAGAGCAUUAUGAUGACGUGCAUCAUCCUCCAUUACAUGAUUGUGGAGGAUGAGUAUGACUAUGAAGAACUAGAGGUGUUCGAACAUGAUCCCAUGAACACGGCAUUGACAAGAAUUUAUGAACGGGCCAUGGGAGAAAAUUGGCAACCACUGUAG